CUCCGCAUUCUCCACCAGUGACUAACCGCUCAAUUAUUCUAACUAUGCCCCGUAACUAACUACGUCCAACGUCCAUUAUGGGAUCAUGAUGUCUCCCGCUUCCCAGGGAACCGUAAUUCUUCUGCUGUUCUGCUCUCCUAUACGCCAGGAUAGGAAUCCGCUACGCUGACGCUCAACGUGGUGCGGAGGGGGCCUUGAUCAGCAAUCCUUUAACUAGUGCCCAUCUGAAGCACUCAGAAACGCUACCCAGUGGCCAUUUCUUUCAACAUUUCUCUCCCUUUCCUGUUCUCAGCUUAUCAGAUUCUUCUUGGGAACAUCGUAUCGAACAAUCAUCUGCCUCUCCGAACAAUUGCUGGGCGGUUCAGGUCCGCUUACAGCUGGCCGUUAUUGACGAAUCCACUCUCGUCCACUGCGCUGAGUCACAGACCUAGGAGAGUUACAAAGCGCAAGAUGGAAUACUUCGACUUCGACGGAGCUUCCCUUGGCUCCCAGGUCCUGGAGGACGACGUAGCUUCUGACUGUCAAGAGAUUGACGAGGCGGAUGCCGUCGCCAACUACGACGCGCUCUUCUUCGACAAGAACGUCCAAUUGCCGACGAACCCUCCUGCUGCUGACACUGUCCACCCAGAGGCAGGCGAGGCAGAGGAAGACGCGGACGUAUCCCUGGAUCCUCGCGGACAGCCUAUGUUCCGUGCCAAACAGCCUUGUGACUUCUGCCGUCGUAUGGGUUUCGACUGUUUUGUCGCCCAAAGAGGGGUGCUGCAGAACGGUUGUACAUGCUGUAUAUCUCUGUACCGCGAAUGCAGCUUCACACACGCGAAAGCCCCUUAUAAAUAUCUGGAUACGUUACAAUCAUUGACAGAGGACGUUGACAUUCCAACUGGUGGUCCAACCGGAAAGAGAAUCUUGAAAUCUUUGGGCGGUCGCCAGACCUACGACGACUUCGAUUCGAGAUCCAGGAAAAGUGGUGCUCGGUUCCCUCGCGAGGCUGUUCGUAUCUUGAAGAACUGGCUCUCCCAACAUAGCGAACAUCCAUAUCCGACUGAGCAGCAAAAGGACGAAUUGAAAGAGCAGACUGGGCUAAAGCGAAGUCAGAUCUGCAACUGGCUGGCCAACGCCCGCCGGAGGGGGAAGGUCCGUCCUUCACCACGCAGCAGUUCUCCGGUCCCUGGGGCUAUCGACAUACCAGCUCAGACUCUGCCCCCAGGAAUGGACAUGUCACUGCUGACUCCUCUUGAACGUUGGAAAUACUCGCCUCCCGAGAACGAAGCCGCCUCGAAGACUGCUAUUAUUCGAGCCAUGGCCAAUACUCAGUUUGACGACGAACAGAUCCAAUCUGGGCACUCACGCUCGCGCUCUCUCUCGCGGAGAACUGGUUCUAGCAACGACUCCAGCUUUUCCAAUUCUAACCUGUUCCAGGCUCCCUCCGUCAGCAGUUUUGAAACAACUCGGUCCUCUCUCUCAGAGAUGUCGUUUGCCUCUGCUUUCUCGCAUCGCUCAUCCAUCGGUUCGUUCAAUUCCAAUUCUGUGGAUAGGAAAGAGAGACGGCGCCGUCGCAAACCAUCGGCUUCGUCUAGUGCUCUAAGUCAGCAAAAGACAAGGGGCGCUCGCAUCUUUCAGUGUACGUUUUGUACUGAUGCCUUCCCUACAAAGUACGACUGGCAACGUCACGAGAAGUCCUUGCAUCUUGCGUUGGACAAGUGGACCUGUGCUCCCGGAGGCGGGAUAGUAUUCCGAAACGGACAAGCCUUUUGUGCCUUCUGCAAGGCCCCUAAUCCUAACGAGGACCACCUUGAAUCUCAUAAUUACUCCGAUUGUCAGGAGAAGGCUUUGCAAGAACGGACAUUUUAUCGGAAAGAUCAUCUCAACCAACAUCUACGUCUCAUGCACGAUGUCAAGUUUGACUCAUCUAUGGAGAGCUGGAAGAGUGCGACGACAGAGCUAAAGUCUCGCUGCGGGUUCUGCUCGGUCCAGUUCACCACGUGGAAAGAGCGGAUCGACCAUCUCGCGGCUCACUUCAAGAAUGGCGCUGAUAUGAGACAGUGGCAAGGCGAUUGGGGGUUUGAGCCGUUCGUUCAACGCCUGGUAGAGAACGCCGUGCCACCCUACCUGAUAGGCCAGGAACAAAGAUCUAUGGAUCCUUACCAGGCGUCUUCUCAAUCCCUCAGUUCCAGUUUCCAGAGUCCUGCUCCUAGGCAAAGUAUAUUCUCCUCUGUGCCUCCUAGCAUGCCGGGUAGCUUGAGCGGAAGCUACGCUGGCAGUUUUGGAGUGCCGUCCGCAAUAGCCGCGCCGGCAUUAGCAAGUGACUGGGGAAGUAACUUCCCUACUUGCGCGCUAUCAGCAUCUACAUCUGCACCAGUCAGUGCACUUGCUGACUCGUCGGUGCAGAUGGGAUUCGAUCCGGAGUUCCUUCAGCAGCCGAAUGAUAGUUACGGGGACCUCCAUCAUGAUGAUAUGGAAGGUCUCGACUUUGGCGGUGUCGAGGUGCGAGAUCAAGGAAUGAGAAUGACAGACCCUGACGACCUCGCAUCGAAGCACACUAUGUCCGCUAGUAAACGAAGCCCUGCGUCCGACUCUGGCUUCAGUUCCGCCCAAAACCAUUCACGAUCCACCUCGAUCCCAUUUUCAGAGCCGCUUUUUGAAAACUCCCACCUAUUCUAGUCUUUUCCGAAUUUUAUGGCAGUCUGGUACCUGCUGACUUUGACGAGAUAUUCUAGAUAGCAAUGAAUUCCGAAUGGGAACGAUAUAGUUGCAGUGGAUAGUUAUGCCGUUUGAGGCUAUGAUGGAGGUCGAACAUGAAACCGCAUACGGAACCGUUUUCAUGUCUGCAUUGCACAAAAGGCAUUAUUUCACAUGUUCUGGCAUAUUCAUCUUUCAUGCGAAGUCUUGCUUUUUUCUUUCUCUCUUUGACUUUUCUCGUAUUCUAUUCGCUUGCUGGGAAGAGUCAUGACCGCUGAAGAUGAGAUGAUGCGAGUAUUCCUUCUGGACGCAUGCAUUAAUGAGGCAGCUAAAAGUUGUUUAUAAUGCUGCUAUAAUUGAAACCGAAUCGAGGUCUGUCUGGUAGAUAUUGUGGGCGCAUGGAGUCUUUUUAGCGUGGAGAAAAAAGAAAACGAAAACGAAAACGAGA